AUUAAAUUAACCGUGCUAUAAAUUAACCGUGUAUAUAAACAUUCCUCUGAAGCUCUUCAAUCCAAGGAUCUCUAUCAAGUCCAAGAAAUUCACUCAACAAGACAUUCUUGAUCAUAUCUAUAUCCUUCUUCUCUGCAUUACUAUCAUUUUAUUCUCUGACCAUUUAAGGCUUCUUUAAUGGCUUCUCUUGGUUAUAGUUUCCUGUUCUUCUAUUCUUACUUCAUUCUUACUUUGUUUUUAUUGCAUGCACCAUUGUUAGUUACAAGCUCUACUUACAGGUACAAGGUCGAGUCAUCUUCAAUCAAUCGGACUGCCCCUACCAACUCUACCAAGCACCAUCACAAGUGGGUUGGACCAGUGGGUUACCGAGUGAUCACCGUGGAUGUUAACGGGGCCGGCGAGUUCUUAUCGGUCCAAGCUGCUGUUGAUGCUGUCCCGGAGAACAAUGGGGAGAAUGUGAUGAUACUAAUUAGCGCCGGAUAUUACAUUGAAAAGGUGACAGUGCCAGCCAGCAAACCGUACAUAACGUUUCAAGGAGAAGGAAGAGACGUGACAAUCAUCGAAUGGCAUGAUAGAGCAAGCGAUCGGGGUGCCAAUGGCCAGCAGCUGCGUACAUACAGGACUGCUUCUGUUUCUGUUUUUGCUAAUUAUUUCUCAGCUAGAAACAUAAGCUUCAAGAACACAGCACCAGCACCAAUGCCAGGAAUGAAGGGAUGGCAAGCUGUGGCAUUUCGCAUAUCUGGAGAUAAGGCUUACUUCGCAGGCUGUGGAUUCUACGGUGCCCAAGAUACUCUAUGCGACGAUGCAGGGAGGCAUUACUUCAAAGAGUGCUACAUUGAGGGCUCCAUAGAUUUUAUUUUUGGGAAUGGCCGCUCCAUGUACAAAGACUGCGAGCUACACUCAAUAGCCACCAGAUUUGGAUCGAUUGCAGCCCAAGAUAGAAACUCUCCCGACGAGAAAACAGGCUUUGCUUUCCUUAACUGCAGGGUAACAGGCACCGGACCACUGUAUGUGGGUCGAGCCAUGGGCCAGUACUCAAGGAUAGUCUAUUCCUACACAUAUUUUGACAACGUUGUGGCUCACGGUGGCUGGGAUGACUGGGACCAUGCCAGCAACAAGAAUAAGACAGUGUUCUUCGGAGUGUAUAAAUGCUGGGGGCCAGGAGCUGCAGCAGUACAGGGUGUUUCAUGGGCAAGAGAGCUAGACUAUGAAUCCGCCCACAAGUUCCUUGCUAAGAGUUUUGUCAACGGAAGGCAUUGGAUAGCCCCUUCUGAUGCUUAGCCAUGGCAUUGCUACAGCGAUUCUCUUUCGUGCUGCCUUUAACCCAUUCUUUUUGUAAACAGCAAACAUUCUUCUCUUUGAUUUCUUGCCCUUACAAAAUCCAUUCAUUUGUAAUAAAAGAAAAAAAACAUGCAUACAUUCAAAUUCUAGUUAAAACCUUGCACAAUUAUUCCUUUGCUUGCUUGUAAAAUUCCGACUCUUAUUCUUUGAUUUGUCAAGUAAAAUGUUGGAAGUUGUGUUCGAA